GUAUACUGUAAAUUGGUAAAAAUGGCGGCUUCUGGAGGAGCUCCUCCAACAGUGUCUCCCUUUACAGGAGGAGGCGGGAGCGGUCCAGGGGGACCUCCAAUGGGUAGUAACAUGUCUCUUUAUCAACAGGUCCCGCCUAACAGCAGUCUUCCUCCUGGAAUGAGAGGUGGAAUGCAAGAUGUGGACUCGAUGUACAGUAUGGGUGGGGCUCAGAUGAUGGGCGGAGCUUAUGGCGGUCACAUGCCCCCCGGGGGAAUGGUACACGUACCUCCAAAUGUCGGAAUUGGUUCAUACUCGAACCCAAGUAUGGGACUCCGCCCACAUUUAAAACCGCCCACGAACCUCUCGGCGAUUCAAAUGAAGUUAUUGAGCGCUCAGAUUAAAGCGUAUCGGUGUCUCGCUCGUAACAUGCCCCUCCCAGAUCAGAUUAAAAAUCUCGUUAUGAGUCAUGCCGCUAAUGUGAGUAGCCAUGCCCCCUCCUCGUCAUCAGAUACAACUUUAUCACGAUCGUCUCCAAAGCCACCUCCCGUUACCGGGGGCAACCAGGCUACCAGAGCGACCGAGGAAGUGAAGAGUGAGGAGGGAAAAGGAGGAGGAGGGGGAAAAGUUGAGGGUGCGCCUGUCGCUGGUAAGGGCCAGGCUCAAUUGAAACAGGUUAAACUAGUACCGACUGGUAAACCGCCAGGGAUUGAUCCUGAGAUUAUACUGAAAGAGAGAGAGGCGAGGAUUAAAGCUAGGAUAGCUCAUCGUAUCGUUGACCUCCAGUCCAUACAAGGCGGCACUCUUCCUGACCCCACCCUCCGCAAGGCAAUGAUAGAACUAAGAGCGCUUCGUCUCUUGGAGUUCCAGCGUCAAUUACGGGCCGAGAUCCUUUCUCACGCUCGACGUUCGACGACUUUGGAGACAGCGUUGAAUUUGAGAGGAUAUAAGAGACCAAAGAGGCAGAGUCUGAGGGAAGCGAGGAUAACUGAGAAGCUGGAGAAACAGCAAAAAGUGGAGCAGGAGAGACGGAAGAGACAAAAGCAUCAGGAGUUUUUAUCCAGUGUUCUCCAGCAUGCUCGUGAUUUUAAAGAGUUCCAUCGACUCAAUAUAGGAAAGAUGUCAAAGUUAGGGAAGGCAGUCCUCAAUCAUCAUGCUACAUUAGAGAGGGAGCAGAAGAAAGAGCAAGAGAGAUUGGAGAAGGAAAGACUCAGGAGACUAAUGGCUGAAGAUGAAGAAGGCUACAGAAAACUGAUUGACAAGCAGAAGAACAAGCGAUUGGCUUAUCUCUUGCAACAAACUGACGAAUACAUUGAGAGCCUUAUUGAAAUGGUGAAGAAACACAAAGACGAUCUAAUGGCACUUAAGAAAAGGAGAAAAUCAUCUCGUAGGGGAACUGUAUCAGAAGGUCAAAGUGGCGAUAAGGAUCCAAAUGAGAGAGUGACAGUCAUUGAGACUUCAACUGGUAACAAGCUGAGCGGAGAGGAAGCUCCGAAGAGGGAGGAGCUGGAGGCAUGGCUUAAAGAGCAUCCUGGAUACGAAGUGAUUGAAGAAGAAAACUCUGACGAAGAAACAGAGGACGAUGAUGAUGCUAUUAAAGCCACAAGCCCUACCCCCACCACACCAGGUGCUACUGAUAUUGAUCCUAAUGAUCCUACCGCCAUCAUUGCUAAGGCGAGUGCUAACGCUGACGAUGAGUACUCAUCAAAAACCUCCGAUAAGAACUAUUACUCUAUUGCUCACACUUUCCGUGAGUCUAUUGAGAAGCAACCGACGCUACUUCAGUUUGGGACGUUGAAGGAAUAUCAGAUUAAAGGUUUGGAGUGGCUGGUGUCUCUGUACAACAAUAAUCUCAAUGGUAUAUUAGCUGAUGAGAUGGGACUGGGUAAGACUAUACAGACAAUAGCACUGGUGACUUACCUCAUGGAGAAUAAGGGGAACAAUGGACCUUUUCUUAUCAUCGUACCACUAUCAACCCUCUCCAAUUGGGAUCUUGAGUUUGAUCGUUGGGCCCCAUCAGUCGUUCGUGUAGUAUGGAAGGGACCUCCCCUUGUCAGACGUAGCCUUGCGAAUCAAAUCAAGUCAGUCCGGUUUAACGUGUUGCUGACCACCUACGAGUAUGUGAUGAAAGACAAGGGUCCGCUAUCAAAGACAAAAUGGAAGUACAUGAUUAUUGACGAGGGACACAGAAUGAAGAACCAUCACUGCAAACUGACGCAGAUAUUGAACCAGUACUACGAAGCACCACACAGACUCUUAUUGACUGGUACUCCUCUACAGAACAAUCUCCCUGAGUUAUGGGCUUUGCUUAAUUUCCUCCUUCCAACCAUUUUCCAGUCCUGCAAUAACUUUGAGCAGUGGUUUAACGCACCUUUUGCAAUGACAGGAGAAAAGGUUGAGCUAAAUGAAGAGGAGAAGAUUCUAAUCAUAAGACGUCUUCACAAAGUUUUGCGGCCAUUUUUAUUGCGACGAUUAAAGAAAGAAGUUGAAAAUCAGCUACCAGAUAAAGUUGAGUAUGUUAUAAAGUGUGAUAUGUCGGCACUUCAGAGACAAAUGUAUGUUCACAUGCAAAAGAAAGGUAUCCUGCUAACUGAUGGAUCUGAAACCAACAGGAAGGGUAAAGGAGGUGCUCGGGCCCUCAUGAAUACCAUUAUGCAGUUGCGUAAAAUCUGUAACCAUCCUUUCAUGUUCGAAGAGAUUGAAGAUGCCAUCUUAGAGCACCAGGGACUCUCAGGAAACACUCCCAAUGCCUCCAUUGCUACUACAGCUGAUCUUUAUAGAGCCUCAGGUAAAUUUGAGCUCUUGGAUAGGAUGCUGCCGAAAUUUAAGGAGACGGGACAUCGAAUAUUACUGUUCUGUCAGAUGACACAGUUGAUGACUAUAAUGGAGGAUUACCUCCAAUGGAGAGGAUACUUAUACUUGCGUCUUGAUGGUGCUACCAAAGCUGAUGAUCGUGGCCAAUUGCUUGAACUCUUCAAUGCUCCCAACUCACCUUACUUCCUGUUCCUACUCAGCACCAGGGCAGGAGGGCUGGGUCUCAACCUUCAAGUGGCCGAUACUGUCAUCAUAUUUGAUUCUGAUUGGAAUCCUCAUCAAGAUCUCCAAGCUCAGGACAGAGCCCAUCGUAUUGGUCAGAAGAAUGAAGUCCGAGUCCUGAGACUCUGUACAGUAAACAGUGUUGAAGAGAAGAUUCUAGCAGCUGCCAAGUAUAAACUGAACGUUGACGAGAAGGUCAUUCAAGCUGGAAUGUUUGAUCAGAAAUCAACCGGAAGUGAAAGGAAGGCCUUCCUGGUCGCCAUAUUGGAGGACGAACAGGCGGAGGAGGAGGAGCAAGAGGUUGCUGAUGACGAAGCUCUUAAUGACAUGAUUGCAAGGAAUGAAGAGGAAUUGGAAUUAUUUCAGAGGAUGGAUUUGGAGAGAGCUGCAAGAGAAGCUAUGGAUCCCAGCCUGCGUCAUAAACCACGCCUCAUUCAAGAAGAUGAGCUGCCAUCUUGGUUGCUACGGGAUACAGAGGAGGUGGAGCAAAUGGCCUUUGAAGAGAAUGAGGAACGUCUUUUUGGAUUAGGGAAGAGACAGCGUAAAGAGGUUGAUUAUUCUGAAGCACUGACAGAGAAGCAAUGGGUGAAGGCACUGGAAGAUGGAACAUUAGAGGAGGUUGAAGAAACAAAAAAGAACAGAAAGAAAAGGAAGAGGAAGGAUAUUGCAUUAUUAGGAGAAGAGACAAAGAGUAAGAAGAGGAAGAAAGCUACUGCUGGUGUAUCAGCAAAGCUAACUCGUUUAUUAAUUAGUCUAUGGGAAGCAGUUGUAGCUUAUCAGGAUAGCACCAACCGAAGGAUCAGCGAAAUAUUCAUGGUCCUUCCCACCAGGAGGGAACUCCCUGAGUACUAUCAGAUUAUAAAGAAACCCAUUGAUUUAAAGAAGAUCAAAGAUAAGAUCAUGAAACAGAAGUAUCAGUGUCUCUCUGACAUGGAGGAUGAUGUGAUACUGCUCUGUGGUAAUGCUAGGACUUAUAAUGAAGAAGGAUCGCAGAUAUAUACUGAUUCUAUCGAGCUUGAGAGAGUAUUCAUGGAAGCAAAGGCACAACUUGAUGUAGAUGAAUAUGGAGGAGUUGAUAGUGAUGAUGAAAGACAAGUGUCUGUUGAAGUUGACGACUAUAAUUCUGAUACAUCUGAUGUGUCAUUAAACAGGCAUCACAGUGGUAGCAGUAUGUCCAAUACUCCCGCCCCCUCAGGGGGUGGAGCUUCAGUCAGUGGAUCAUUACCUCCCAGUGUAGCACGAAGUACUAGUAGCAGUAGUAAAGCCAGGAGGUCUCGUAAGGGACGUCCUAAGAAACACGAGAGGGUACCGUUGAUUAUAGAAUCUGAUAAUGAGGAGAGUGCUCCGGUAACUCCUGAGUUUAUAACUGGUUCACCUGCUUCCUCUUAUACUUCAUCUCUUGUGCCGUCUCCGGCUUCAUCUUCAACCUCUUUCUCUCGCCGGAAAUAUUGAAAUACAUACUCUUAAUUAGGAACUUAUAACGAUUACCAUUUCAGGAUCAAUAAUUUAAUCAUUUUCAUUACUUUUA